AUGCAAGAAACAACAACAAAACGAUGGUAUCAUUAUGCAGUAUUCGUGAUUGCAUUUUUCGUAGUUGUCGUUUUUUCCUAUGGAACAUUUCCACACCUAUUUACUUUCCUUCCACUCAAUCACCAAGUAGUAAAUCGAACUAUUAUCGUCAUCAAAGGGAAUAACAGUAUUGUCUGUGAUCCUAAUGUGAGGUUUCGGCUUGACGUGCCAAGGAGCGAAUACACUGUCGAAGUCAACAAAAAACUACUCUAUUGUCAUAUACCAGAGAAAGAUAGUCGUGACUUGACAUCCAGAUUAGAUUUUAUGUGGCGACAUCGAUGGGGGCCGAUGUAUCGACGCGGUUGUUGGGCACCGACUUUUUCCAGAAUAAAUAGAACCAGCAACACAUUAAUUAUUGAUUGUCCACCAUCGAUGAAACCAAAGUAUGGUUUUCGAACUCGUAAUUCACUUGUGGAGAAUUAUAUUGGUCCCAUAUCAAUGGGAGAGCAUGAAUGGGUUUAUACGCAAUGUAAUCUUCCGUUCUAUACGGAACCUGUUACUCGUUUACAUUUACACGCUCUGCCCCUUCCUCAGCCACCGCCAGCGGUGAAGCAAAAGCCAAAUGUCGUCUUCAUGCAAUUUGAUGCUCUUGGUAGACAAGCAAUGUACAGAAGAAUGCCACGUUCGUACAAGCUUCUUACAACAUAUGGCACAUCCGAUUCGUCAACAAACACACUGCCCGGAUUACGAGACGCUCGAGGAAUUGAAUUUCGUCAUCUCAAUGUGAAUGGAAGAAAUUCGGAACCCAAUAUGCGCCGGGUAUACUGUGGUUCCGGAGAUUGUCAGAAAACAUCACUUUUACGUUUGUAUAAGCAAGCUGGCUAUUCCACUAGUCUCUUAGAAAGUUACAGUUAUCAGCUACCAAAUUACAUUCCGUCGAAGGCCGUGGAUCGCAUUUUAGCAAGUAAUUUUUUUGGUGAAUUCGGCGGUGAUACAGUUGAAUUAUAUAAUAAGCGUGGUGGAUGUGUAACAGGCACGACAUGGAUUGCUGAUGAAAUGUUCGAUUACCUCAGUCAUCGCUUUAACAGUAUGCAAUCAGGCGGCUGGUUUUCGAUCAACAAUAUGGUCGAUCCACAUACUGAAGAUGAAUUAGUGAACUAUGCCGUUUUAGACACAAAAUUCUAUGAUUUUCUUCUUGCUGUAAAUAAAUCUCAAGCGUUGGACAAUACAAUUAUGAUCAUACUCGGUGAUCAUGGUUUACAUGGGCAUGAUUGGAAAGAAUUAUGGCGUGAAUUCGAUCAUCGAAAUCCGCCACUCUACAUAUUGAUAGGUAAAAAUGUCACAGGUUUUACAGAUAUAAUCAAUAAUUUAAAAGUGAAUAGUGAUAAACUCGUUAGUCACGGUGAUAUUUAUAUGACUUUUGCUCGAUUUGCGAAUACUUCAUUACCAUUAAGUUUAUCCAACACAGUCAAUCUUUUUACUGAGAAGAUAUCGAUAGAUCGAACUUGUCGAAGUGCAGGGAUACCUGAUGAAUGGUGCAAUUGCUGGGUACCGAAGCCAUGUUAG